GGGUCGGGUUGAAAAAAUGAGGCGACGAUAUAUCCAGAGCGGCUACAUACUGCUAAUUGCUACGCCAACAUUCACUUUGGCAGCGAUGCCAAUAAAUCACCGCAUCGCUUGCAUUGCUCACCCGAUGCUGGUGCAGAUCUUCAAGCUUUCAGAAACGCCGGCAGUGCUCACAUACCCUCGUCACCGACAGUCAGACAUACUUUGUAAUUCCUUUUACCCUAACAUCUGUCUGUUAUUUCCAGCCUUGGUCAUGGUCAUGGGCAAUAAGGGUCAAAAGCUUGUACCAAACCUUAUAUUAAUGGGUUCGCGCUACAUCAAGACGACCACGGGUGGAACUAGCGUAAGAGCCGAAACGCCGGGACAGUGAUUCAAUGGCGAUUGGUCAGCGUGUUGGUUCUUCUUCAUGGAUUGUCUUUUGUCUUUAUCAAUUCAUGACUGGGGAACGAUGCUUUUCCGCCAUGUUAUACUCUCCGAGCAAUGCAGGGACACAAGGAGUACCUACGAUAUGUAAAACUAGAGGCAAAGGCAAC